AUGAUGGGGGCUUCCUGCCUCCAGGUCCUGCUCCUACUGCUGCUGGGAGCUGCUGGGACAUCGAAGUCUGAAGCCUGCGGGCAGCCUCACGUGUCAAGUCGCAUCGUGGGGGGCCGGGACGCCCGGGACGGAGAGUGGCCAUGGCAGGCGAGCAUCCAGCACCGCGGGACACACGUGUGUGGGGGCUCGCUCAUCGCCCCACAGUGGGUGCUGACAGCGGCGCACUGCUUCCCGAGGAGGGCGCUGCUGUCCGAAUACCGCGUGCGUCUCGGGGCACUGCACCUGGGUCCCGCCUCACCCCGCGCUCUUUUGGCGCCUGUGCGGAGGGUGCUGCUGCCUCCAGACUUUUCAGAGGACGGGGCCCGCGGAGACCUGGCGCUGCUACAGCUGCGCUGCCCAGUGCCCUUGAGUGUCCGAGUCCAGCCCGUCUGCCUGCCCGAGCCCGGGGCUCGCCCGCCACCUGGCACACCGUGCUGGGUCACUGGCUGGGGCAGCCUCCACCCAGGAGUGCCGCUCCCAGAGUGGCGACCUCUGCAGGGAGUAAGGGUGCCACUGCUGGAUGCUCGCACCUGUGACCACCUCUACCACGUGGGCACCAAUGUGCCCCGUGCGGAGCACAUAGUGCUGCCAGGGAACUUGUGUGCCGGCUACGUCGAGGGCCAGAAGGAUGCCUGCCAGGGUGACUCUGGAGGACCCUUGACCUGCAUGAAGUCUGGGCGCUGGGUCCUGGUGGGUGUGGUGAGCUGGGGCAAGGGCUGUGCCCUGCCCAAUCGUCCAGGGGUCUAUACCAAUGUGGCCACUUACAUCCCCUGGAUUCAGUCUCGCCUCAGCCUCUGA